CAGCGGCUCCGAGAGAUGACGUCACGGCUACUGCGCCAGAUACCGGGGUGCAGAGGUUUAUAAGGGCAGAGAAGCGGGAGCGCACAGUAAUGAGGUGAGAAGAGCGAGGCCUGGAACACCAUGGAGACCCCUGAGUGCCGCCUGCUAUGUUACUGAUUUAUGACAGAACAGGAAGACGCCUGUGGCCCCAGUGUGAGCAGACUGUACACUGGUUCAGGGAAGGACCGCUCAGUCAAUUACUGGUCUAGAGGUGACCCGCACCCUACUAUUGAGUUGGGACCAGAAAGUGAACAGAAGGGAUCAGGGCAGCAGCAGGAGAUUGCUGGAGAUUACAAAUAUGCCCAAGUGCAUCGUCUCCGGCUGCCCGAAUCAUACGGCACGUAAGGACAAGAAUAUUUCAAAUGGGAUCAUGUUACAUGGAUUUCCUAAAGACUUGUUGAGAAUUAAAUGCUGGCUCUCCCAUAUUAAUCAGAACUUUGGAGACAUUGAAAGUUUUGCAAGGAAAAUUUUGGAAGGGAAGAAGACCAACAGUUUCCGUAUUUGCUCAGAGCACUUCUCGCCGGACUCCUACAGACAGACGAAAAGAAAAACCGUGCUAAAGGACGACGCCAUACCGCGUCACUUCCACAAGCGUCCUCCAUCGUCCAGAGAGCAAUCAGACAGGGGUAAUACAAUAUCUAUCUCUCAACUUAUCAAACUAGAAGCUAGCGCGCCUAAAAGUGCGGUCAGGAAGGAUGUCAGUACAUGUUCAGAUAACACGAUGGACGCAAGGAACAAAGCCAAACCGAUCUAUGGACUACAACAUAGAGAUGUGCAGGAAUCACCUCAGGCUCAGCAGUUCUCAUCAGAACCACCACCUCUUCUCAAAAUGACCUCCAUGGAUAAUAGUAACAUUCUCAAGACUGACAGGAUGUUAAGCCUCACCCUGGAGAUCUUAUUCCUCCUGACCGGAGAGGAUUACAAAGUUACGAAGAAGACGUGCGCCGAUCGUAUGACUUCAAUUAGCGGCCCCAUCGAGUCAGGAAGAAGAAGUGCGGCCAAAGAGACCAACCCGAUGACAAGCACAGACUUUGUGAGCCAUGAAAAGAACAAGAAGAUUCUUCUGCUCACCAACCAGAUCAUCCAUCUGCUGACAGGGGAGGUUCCUGCACGCUGUGAGGACGUCGCCGUCUACUUCUCUAUAGAAGAAUGGGAUUAUGUAGAUAAACACAAGCAUCUGUACAAGAACGUCAUCAUGGAUGAUCACCAGCAGAACCUGUACAAGAAAGUCAUCAUGGAUGAUCACCAGCAGAACCAGUAUAAGAAAGUCAUCAUGGAUGAUCCCCAGCAGAACCAGUACAAGAAAGUCAUCCUGGAUGAUCACAAGCAGAACCAGUACAAGAAAGUCAUCAUGGAUGAUCACAAGCAGAACCAGUACAAGAAAGUCAUCAUGGAUGAUCACAAGCAGAACCAGUACAAGAAAGUCAUCCUGGAUGAUCACAAGAAGAACCAGUACAAGAAAGUCAUCAUGGAUGAUCACAAGCAGAACCAGUACAAGAAAGUCAUCCUGGAUGAUCACAAGAAGAACCAGUACAAGAAAGUCAUCCUGGAUGAUCACCAGCAGAACCAAUACAAGAAAGUCAUCCUGGAUGAUCACCAGCAGAACCUGUACAAGAACGUCAUCAUGGAUGAUCACAAGCAGAACCAGUACAAGAAAGUCAUCAUGGAUGAUCACAAGAAGAACCAGUACAAGAAAGUCAUCCUGGAUGAUCACAAGCAGAACCUGUACAAGAAAGUCAUCAUGGAUGAUCACCAGCAGAACCUGUACAAGAAAGUCAUCCUGGAUGAUCACCAGCAGAACCAGUACAAGAAAUUCAUCAUGGAUGAUCACCAGCAGAACCAGUACAAGAAAGUCAUCAUGGAUGAUCACCAGCAGAACCAGUACAAGAAAGUCAUCAUGGAUGAUCACAAGCAGAACCUGUACAAGAACGUCAUCAUGGAUGAUCACCAGCAGAACCUGUACAAGAAAGUCAUCAUGGAUGAUCACCAGCAGAACCAGUACAAGAAAGUCAUCCUGGAUGAUCACCAGCAGAAGCUGUACAAGAAAGUCAUCAUGGAUGAUCACAAGCAGAACCAGUACAAGAAAGUCAUCAUGGAUGAUCACCAGCAGAACCUGUACAAGAAAGUCAUCAUGGAUGAUCACAAGCAGAACCAGUACAAGAAAGUCAUCAUGGAUGAUCACCAGCUCUCAUCACAGGGUGAACAACCAGUUUUGACUCCCAAGUCUCCAAAAAGAGAAGACCUCAUAAAAGAGCCCUCAAAUGACUUGAAUAUCACAGCGAUAACUAUGACUGGUGGUGACUACAUCUCAAUUGACCUUACUAAAGAUGAACCGUUGUCUGUAGACAGCAUGGACGGCGAUGACUGCUUUAGCACAGCGCAGGAGCCAUGGUCUUCAGAGUGCGGUGAUGAACGAGUCUCAUCUCCAGAGCAUGAAAUAGAGAUAGAAAUAGAAGAUGACUUCAUAGAAGAACCUUUAAAUGACUUCUACACCACAACUAUAAACUCUCCGACCAGCGGUAACUACGUCUCAUCUGAUCUUGGGAACCUGGAACCAAUAUCUGCAGACAGGAUGCACCGCGAAGACAGCGCAGCACAGAAGCCACUGUCUUGUUCGGAGUGCGGAAAAUGUUUUCGGUAUCCUUCAAGACUCAUUGAACACAAGCGCGUUCACACAGGAGAAAAACCUUUUUCGUGUCCCGAGUGCGGGAAGUGUUUUAUAUGGAAAUCACUGCUCAUUCAACACCAAAAAAUUCACACCGGAGAGCAUCAGUGUCUGUUCUGCAGGAAGUGUUUCAUAAAUAAAACUAAAUUAAUGGAUCAUCAGAGAACCCACACGGGCGAGCGGCCGUUCACUUGUCAUCAGUGCGGGAAAAGCUUUGGAUUGAAAACGUCAUUAACUAAACACCAGCGACUUCACAUGAGAGAGAAGCUCCUCGGCUGUUUCAAGCAGAAAUCAAACCUGUAUCGUCAUCAGCAGACUCAUAUGUGUCAGCAACCACUUUAAUGUCACCAGGGGUGUACACAGAAGUCACCUCUUAAUCACACUGGGGCCACUUCCCCCAUUACAUAUAUGACUCCACCAAAACACAGCGGCUCCUUCAGGAGGCACCAUUUUACUAACAUCAGGGUCACUGUAAUAUUAUAUUAAAGGGUUUUCAUAUGCAA